AUGUUCCGCACUCACUAUCUUCAUGGCAUCACAGAAUCUCUAGGCUGCCAUGGAUGCGAGACAUGGGGUCUUCCCAAAUCUCUAGCUUCUUAUAUCAUGCCUCUUCAAUGGUCACUAACACUAACGCGUGUUGAGGACAGCGUCGUUUCAAGCUUCAAAGUUGUUAGGAUUUGUCAAAACAAAGAUGGAGAAACGAAUGUGUGGAGAGUUUGUAUGUCUUCGUCUGGGACAGGGAAAUGGGCUUUCAAGCGACUUUUCUUCUCUCGUCCUGUUAGCUUGACUGGUUGUCACCUUUGCAUGAAUCUCAACGGGAUGCUUUAUCUGUAUUCUAUUGAAUCUGGUGUCCUUAUCACUCAUGACUUUUAUGGCCCUGGAGAUGAUGAUCAGUGUCUAGUUAUACCUCUCUUUGUACCUGUCCCAUAUAAUAGCCAUGCGAGUAAGGAAAGAAUCAAUUAA